CGUCAUCCCGCAUCUUCCCGUUCUUCCUCACUCUCCCUUUUCCUCCUCUCUUUUUUCCCCCAUGGGACUUGGUUGCAAGUUUCCAAGCCGCGAUUGACACUACGUAGGCACAUCCGGCAGAUGCCACGCCCAAUGUAGCCCGCGGAUGUUUCACGCAGUAGUACCCGAGCCAUGCCGAGCUUCUUCCAGUUCACACAAGGCACCGAGUCCCGCGUUCGCGUCAACAAUAGCGAUUCCUCGCCUCUACUAGGCCGCUAUCGCGCCGUGCUCCCUCAACAGCGUGGACCGCGACGGAAGACGAGUCAACUCGGCCUGCUGGCGAACAGUGGCAGGGGUAGUGUACACGUCGGAUAUGGCGCGCUCCUCGUGUCCGACAGCGACGACGACGACGAUGAGGAUGAGGAGAAUGGAGAUAUCGAAGAUGGGCUGAAUGCGUGGCAGAGAUGGUGGCAGCGAUGGAUCAUGGAUCUGUGGGUGAAUCCCAGGCAGGCAGCUGUGAGGCGCGUCGUGGGCAAGUGGUACAUGCGGUACGGCUUCCUGGUGUUUCUUCCGGCGGCGUUGACGGUCGCCUGGUGCUCGCUACCGUUUCCGCAAUACUCCAUUCCCGAGGAGGGGGAUGACGACGAUCACUUGCAUGCGCCCGAGGACAAGACGCCCGGUCAUGGAAAGGCCAGGGUGCUGGUGAAUUUCUGGUUCUUCGUCUUCGUCUACUACGGACUCUACAAUGUCACGGCGCUCUUCUGGAUUACCAAGAUCUUCAACCUGUACAGCCUCAACUGGUGGCCUUCGUCCCUUGGGUUCCCCCUCACGGUCUCGAUCAUUGCCAUGCUGUCGGUUGCGGGACCCAUUCCGAUUUAUUACAUCGACAAGACGCGCUUCCUGACGAUACAUAACACGUCAUGGAUCUCUUGGACUUUCCUCAUCAUGGCCUUACCGGUGGCUAUUGCCUUUCUGAUCCUGAGGAAUAACGAACGCCAUCUGGGUUUGCGCAACUCGUUAUCGGAAACGCAGAGGAUCUUCACAUCGUCGUGGUGGACCAGUGACACGGAGACGUUCGCUAGAAGGGACAGAAGGCGUGCGCCCGUCACUGACGACCUGUUCGACCCGACGAUCGCACCAAGUGGGGGUCUCGCACGCCCUCGAGGCAGGUCCGCACGGACGCGGUGGUUCCCUGCCAGUUUCGUCCGCUUCCUCUGGUUCUGCGUGGCGCUCUUCAUAGGGCUGAUGGCGUACGUGCUUGGCGAGGCGUAUGCUGAGCUCUACCUGCGAACGCUACCCCACGACAGUUGGGAGACGGUGGUGUAUGUCUAUGGAUGGGUGGUCACGGUGCAUCUGCUGGAUGCGCUGACGGGCUGGGUCCUUGGUAUCCGCGAGGGCGAGCGUGUAGGGAGCUACCCCCUGAGUUGGGUUUUCAAGCUCUAUUUCAUGCUCACGUACCAGACCUAUGUGCGUGCUCUGUACGCCCGAUUGCGUUCCCCAAAGCAGUUCGUCAUCCUUCAGAUCCUCUCGUCAGCGCGCCUCGUUGUCCUCACGCCCAUUAUGAUGACAUCGCUGUUUCACCGCAUCUUGACGAUUCUCGGCCUGACCACGCUAUCAUUCGGAACGUACCAGAAGCUACAGACACGCAACGUCUUUAUCCGCUUCCUUGCGGAGAAUGCGUCCAUGGCUACCUUUCUCGGCAGCAUCCUCGUUCUGCAUUUUGGGCCCAACAAGGAUGUCUAUCCCUACUUUGCCUUUGACAAGAGUAGCGACAGCGGAGAUGAUUAUGACUUUGACAUGACUUUCUGGGCGUCUGGCGUGACGUGGGCAUGCGAGCUUGUCGCGAGCCUGGUGGUGCGAGGACUGAUCAGUUUCUUCUUCAAGGUCGACGUUGGAUUAGAGGGCCGGAUGGAUCUAGCCGUGUGGCCGGAAUUGCUGCCGACUUCUGUUGCGGCGACACUGCAUGUGCUGCAGAACAUGUUGUUCUCGAUUGUCCGCUUGCGGUUCAAAACCUGAGAGGUAGCUUUGGUCUGCAUUGUUCGUUUGGUGGCGAGAGGUGGUUAUAGUAGUGGCAUGAGCGUUACUCUUUGCAUGUUGAUACCCUUAGCAAGUUUGAUGAUGUUUGGCUUUAUGAAUCUAGAUUCAAUGCGACUUGCCAGCUAGUGUCUGGUGUGACUCUUGCUGCAUAGAGAGAGCUCUAACCCCCUGAACAAGAAGAUAGACUAGUGAGCUCGUGUGACCCAGACAAGCAGUUUGACAUGCCAGGGCUAUCUAGUCACCACAUCGCUUUUCAGUGCUCAGCAUGAGAGUUUUGCACAAGACCAAGGCAACCACGGCACGUCGGAAAGACUCCGCAUGACACCCUCUCACACUGCUUUGGCCUUUUGGUGGCUGCGC